UGUAAUGAGAUGUUUUUUUUUAAUCUGAAGUCGAAGGAACAGUCCUACGGUAGGCUUUCUUGUUAUCUGAAAUGCGAAUAAAGCGCGCGCUUUCGCUUUGGAUAACAAGCAUGCUACCCAUCCAUUAUAACCAAAUAAUCAUAUUCAAAAUUAACCAUGCAAACAGACCGAAGUAAUUAUUUGUCGGAGUAGGUCCUCUUGGGAAUUCAGAAAGCGUCAAUUACCUUAUGAGUCCGCAUUGUUCAAGAUCACUUUAGAAUCAUUUCACGCGCGUUCUUGUUUACAGAUCAAUCAGUGAUAUGCUUUAGAUUUUAGUGCAUUAUCAAAAAUACAUAAUUCAAUAUGCGGACUUUUACUGUACUCUUAAAGCACUCUACAGAGAUGCGUUUUUGCUCUCUUAUCGUGCGCGACGCCACCCAAGCCAGGUUUGACACUGCAGUCCGACCAAUCACCACUUAGACUAUUAUCAGGAGAUUUGAGUAAUACUCCCAGACUCUGGCAUAGUAACCGAUCUUUGUGAACCAGAAUGUAGACAACAAAACCGCGAGAACUACUGCGUGACUUGCCCAACCUGAGGAAGACCUUUUUACAUAGGCCAGCAAGUGAUGUUCUUAUAAGACACUUCUUCAGUAUGCCGUACCAACAAGACAGAUAUCUACCGCCAAUUGCCACGCCUAUCGUAUCGCGGUACCAGACUACCUAUGUAAAACAAGAUACGAGACCACCUGCUUCGUUUAAAAGUAGAAACGCCACCAACUUACCGCCCAUCAACUACUCGCAAUGCAGACGUAAAGUGGGAGAUAGUUUGUACAGCGAGACUUAUAAAGGGACAUUCGGCCCAUCUGCAUCCACCGCUAAGCCAGCUCCGUACGUCUUCCCGAGUAAAGGUCGAUUUGAGACGAGCGAGUAUCGGGCGAAUUACAUGAGGAGGAGCACUCUUCAAUUACCGCUACUACCCAGAUCAGCCACACGCAGAAACAACCCCCACCCGACCACCAUGAGGAACGCCUUCACCUUUCCACAAAGGGGUUAUUGGAUAUGGCCUCACUUGCUCAACCCCAUGUUCGUCAAUGAAAAUGACCCGAAUUCCGAUGGACAACCCGCUCGCCCUGAGCUGGAAAGAAGACGUGGUCCAUAUGACAUCUGGGAAAACGAGUAUGAUUGACAAACUGGCCACGCCUACUGGAGUUCAAGACGUUUGUAUGAACAUCCGAUAUCUCGAGAACUGUGUAGGUGCCAUGGUCACGUGAUUACCUACACAAGUAGAGUUAGAAGUGUAAAACGGCGCGAAAUAAUUAAAAGCCGGAGUAAGUUGCACGCACGGGUUUGUGAUCAUCAAGGGCUAGAUCGUUGAGGUACACCAGUUGUGACCAUCAAGGGCUAGAUCGUUGAGGUACACCAGUUGGCUCGUACAUAGAGUAAAACCGUCUGGUACAUGUAAGAUAGUAUAGAAUAUAAAGUGUGGCAAUAAAAUCUAAUUUUGAUUGCG